CAGUAGAGAGAGAGAGAGAGAGAGAGAGAAGAGAGAGAGAGAGAGAGAGAGAGAGAGAGAGAGCUCGCUGCUGCAGCAGAUUUCUCUUUCCUCCUCUCUCUUCUCCCAUUCCACAACCUCCGGCCAUGGCGGACGAAGCUUCCCGCGGUCCCUGGUCCUUCCUGUUUGCGAAGAAGAAGGAGUCGCAAGACGGUCAGAUUGACGACAAGAAAGCCGUGUCCAAUGGGAAUCAUGCGAACGGCGCGCCGAAUGGUAAUGGAUGUGUCAAGAGAUCGGCCGAUUUGGCGAUCUAUGAGCAGUACCAGAGCCAGGGUGGAAACUCUCUGCACUCAAACGGGGCCCCCGCGAGCAGAGUCGCUGAGAGGCCGCAAAAGCCUCUAUUUCCUCCCUUUGAAUCGCCAGAAAUGCUCAGUUUGGCCGAGAGUUUGACCAGGGAUAUCAUUCGUGGGAGCCCAGAUGUUACAUGGGAGAGCAUCAAAGGCCUAGAAAAUGCAAAACGCUUACUCAAAGAAGCAGUUGUCAUGCCAAUUAAAUAUCCCAAGUACUUCACUGGUCUUCUAUCACCAUGGAAGGGUAUUCUCCUGUUUGGUCCUCCUGGGACGGGGAAGACUAUGCUUGCAAAGGCCAUUGCAACUGAAUGCAAUACUACUUUUUUUAACAUAUCUGCAUCAUCAGUUGUCAGCAAAUGGCGCGGUGAUUCGGAGAAGUUGGUGAGAGUCCUAUUUGACCUUGCUAGGCACCAUGCACCAUCAACAAUAUUUCUUGAUGAAAUUGAUGCGAUCAUUAGUCACCGUGGUGAGGCACGUAGUGAGCAUGAAGCUAGUAGGCGUUUGAAGACUGAGCUACUUAUUCAGAUGGAUGGUUUGACGCGGACAAAUGAGCUUGUGUUCGUAUUGGCGGCAACUAACCUCCCCUGGGAGUUGGAUGCAGCCAUGCUCCGUCGUCUUGAAAAGCGAAUCCUUGUGCCACUUCCAGAACCUGAAGCAAGAAGAGCCAUGUUUGAGGAGUUACUACCCCAAGUACCUGGUGAGGAGGCACUUCCAUAUGAUUUAUUGGUCGAAAGAACUGAAGGAUAUUCCGGUUCAGACAUUAGGUUAGUAUCCAAGGAGGCUGCUAUGCAACCACUAAGAAGGUUAAUGGCACUUCUUGAGGACCGACAGGAAGUGGUGCCAGAGGAAGAGCUACCGAAUAUGGGACCAAUUAGACCUCAAGAUAUGGAGGUGGCUUUGAAGAACACGAGGCCAUCAGCUCAUCUCCAUGCCCAUCUCUACGAUAAGUUCAAUGAUGAUUAUGGUAGUCAAAUACUCCAAUGAAGGCACCAAGCAUCUUCCUGAUUUCAACAUUCAUGUGUUCUAAAUCCAGCAGAUUUGCAACAUCAGUUGAUUUGAUUCUUCUUCUUUCCAGCUGAAAAUUUAUGAUUUCCUUGGCUGCGAUAGACUUGUGUACUAUGGCUUUCUAAUUUCUGUUGUUAUUUCUAGGAAUAGUAGCUUUAUUGAACUCGUAAUUAUAGAUGGUCGUGAAACUCUUUGUAUAACGUUUCUAAAUUCGUGCGACAAUUGUGUAGGUGAUAAAUCAUUGACAUUGACAACAUUGUGAAUGUCAUUAGCCCAAUUUCAUAGGAGGGACAAACUUUCUGAUUCCUAA